AGUAACACCAGCUCGCCAACGAGCUCCGUACUGACCCUGAGGAUGAAAAGUGUAUAAAUGAUGCUCGCCAUCAUGUUUAGAAGAAGCACCUCUGCAGCUCAAAAGUUUUUGCCCUGGUUAGGUCCUGCGCACAGAUGCUGGACUUCAGGCCUGACCGGAGCUUCUUACCAUGGCUCUCUGCAGACCUGCCUGGCCUCAUCUGCAGAAAAGGACAUCGGACUUGCAGCGUGUUCUCCUGUCCAUGGUUUCUUCAAGUCCAGGCCCUUUCUCCUGACUCAAUCCUAUGUGUCUCCAUUUCUUGUGAGAAAUCAAAAUUUCCACUCUUCUGCGGUGAGGCGGAAGAAGCGACAGCAGCCUGAACCCCCACCGAGGGAGCUGGAUCUACUUCGCUAUGACAUGAAGGACUUGUGGAAAGGUCCCAAACCUGCCAUAUACCUGGGCUUUGCUGGGCUUGUCCCAUUUGUGGUCCCUCCUUUGCUCAUGUCUGUGACUGGAAGCUACCUGCCAGACCUGGCCUAUGCACAGAUAGCUUAUGGUGCCUCCAUUACUUCUUUCUUAGGUGGAGCUCGCUGGGGAUUUGCGCUUCCUGAAACAAGCCCAGCCAAACCUGAUUGGAUAAACCUUGCAAACAGUGUGAUUCCCUCCCUAUUUGCCUGGGUGGCCAUGUUGAUGAGCGAGAGCAUCAUUCCUGCCACAACCACAAUUAUUAUGGGACUUGGAAUCUCGUUGCAUUAUGACCUGUCUCUGUUGCCCACUUACCCCAGCUGGUUCAAAGCUCUGCGCUCCAUCUUCACCGCAGUGGCAUUUCUUUCUCUAGUCAGUACACUCAUCAUAAAUAACAUGUACCCAUAAAAGAAGCUUUUCUCAGACUAAAUUGCACAAGAAUAUUUAAAGUGAGACAUUUAUUUUUAUUUUGGUGAUCCAACUUCAAUGAUUUUCUUGUCUUGUCAUGUUCUAUGCCAGAGGUCUCAAAUCUUUAAUGUAUAUAGUCAGGUUUGCUUCAUAAAUAUGUUUUAAAUGUGAACUAUAUAUUAAAACAACACAUUUAUUUUGAAAAUCAGGGAAAAUCGUCAUGAAUGUUGGUAUUGUGAUAUCCCAAUGUGGUUUUGAGUUAUAUCGCUCCACCCCUACUGUUUUUCCCCCAAAAAAUUUUAUCUCUACUGGAAUUUUUCUCACUUGACUGUCCCCGUCCUGACCAGACUGUAUGACUGGAUGAUCUCCAUAAUCUGGCCUGAAGGUUUUCUCGUUCAGCCCUAUAUCUAAAAAUACCAAUUGGAAGACUCCAUCUGCCUGUAAUUGUCUGUCAGCUGCAUAAUUCAGAAAGUAAACAAUCGAUUGUGAUUAUAUUUUCUGGGGAUCUUUGGGGAUUUUGGUUUGGCCCAAAGAGGAAAUUAUUAGAUUUGGUUUGCUGUGAGUACCUUCGCUAGUUUUUAAUACGAGUCACCAAAAUCUUUCAAAACCUUCACAGUAAAGAAAUUAGGAAGUAAACAAAAACAAAUGUUAAAAUGAACCAAAACUGCUCUCUGCAAACUAUUGGGUAAACUACUUUGAGUUAUGAGAAACAUAGGACCACAAAUAAUCUGUACGAGCAGUCGCCUGGUUACAAAGUACUGAGUCCCUUUACAUUCAGGGUCAGGCAGCUUCUGUCACGAGUAUUGACAUCACUGGGGAAAAGAGUAUUACAUAAGAUCUGAGCUGAAGUGAUCUCUAGUUAAAACCCUCGAGGAUCGUCUGCAAACCAUGGCAUGGCUCUGGUGAGAGAUGGUGCUCAGUUUAAAAAAAGAGGGUUUUUCAUACAACAUAUUAAUUCAAUUUAAAACAUGAUUGAGCACGCCAUCUCCUGUUUGUAUUCAAAUAUGUUUUUAUUACUGAAAACACCAUCAUCUAAUUCACCAAAUUCUGGAAAGAAAGGCAAGAACAUUACACAGAAAUCACAUAAGGCACUGACUGUUUACUAAUCUCCUUGAACAUGUAAAAGCAACACUUGAGUGAAAUCCACAGCCAAAAGAAAAAUGUUUCGGUGAGUUUACAGUGAGCCGUGUCAGAAAUGAACAGUGAGAGACUUUUGGUCGGACUAGUGUUAGACGAGGAGACCACACCUGUGUGGAAGCUAUUAUAGCGGCAAAAAGAUAACUCCACAUUCAAGUACUGUAUAUGUUUUGAAUACGUCCUUGAUGUAAUGGUGAGGUGUCCGAAUAUUUUUGUCCAUAUAGCGUAUGCCUGUUGAAGACUUAAAAGCAAAUUAAAGUAAAAAAUAAAUCCAAAAUGUCUUGAAAUAAAAAAAAAAUAACCAGGUGUCUAUAAUUAUCUACGUCUUUGGUUAAUUAAGUGGAAGGUCAGUAAACUGGCCUGAGACUGACAGUGCACUUAAAUCUUUGAGGGCGUCACAAAUGCAGCCUGAAUUAACUCCA